GUGCCUUCAACACAGAGCAAAUUAACUCCAUUGGCGAAUUUUUUGCAUUACGACGCAUCGCUCCGCUCAUCUGCGCGCGAAGGAGAUUAGUUUCGUUUUUUAUAUGGUGACAUUUGGUUAAAGCGAGAGGAUUACGGUGAUGGAGUAUAUGGAGGAUAAAUUUGCGUUGAAAAGCCAAGCGAUGAAGGCCAGCGAUUACUACAUGGAGCAAGUCAUGGAGAGCCUGGACGGUGCGCAGUACUUCACCAAGUCCUCCCCGAAAUGUGUGCAGGCCUUCGGGCUGCAGAGCGGAGAGCACCGCUCCUCGCCCUGCGGAGACCAGAACGGCAAUUACGGUGUGCCAAAAACAGACGAGGACACUUUGCACUCGGACCUGGGCAGGCCGAUGGACAGUUGUUGCACUCUGCGGGCCUCUCCGGUGACAUCCGGCCAGGAGAAAACGGACUUGGACGAGAUUGGAGACAAAUGUGACAGUAACGUGUCCAGCAGCAAGAAGAGGAGACACCGGACCACCUUCACCAGCGCGCAGCUGGAGGAGCUGGAGAAAGUGUUUCAGAAAACGCACUAUCCAGAUGUUUACGUGAGGGAACAGCUGGCCAUGAGGACGGAACUAACCGAGGCCAGAGUACAGGUUUGGUUUCAAAACAGAAGAGCGAAAUGGAGGAAAAGAGAGCGCUACGGUCAGAUCCAACAAGCCAAAACUCACUUCGCAGCCACCUACGAUUUAUCUGUGUUACCAAGGACCGACAGCUACACACAGAUCCCCAACAACCUGUGGCCGAGCUCCUCCCCUGCCGGCUCUGUGGUCUCCUCCUGCAUGCUGCCUCGUGGCUCCCCUCCCUGCGUCACCUCCUACUCGCACUCCCCUCGUUCUGCUGCCGGCGCCCCGGACCACGGCUACGUUGGCUUCCCCAACCAGCAGAACCAGUUCAGCCACGUCUCCCUCAACAACUUCUUCAGCACAGACUCCCUCCUCACGCCGGCCGCCAACGGCCACCAUGCCUUCGAGACCAAGCCUGAGUUUGAGAGGCGCUCGUCCAGCAUCGCCGUGCUGCGCAUGAAGGCCAAGGAGCACGCGGCCAACAUCACGUGGGCCAUGUGAGGGUUCCUGCAAAGUCUGGAGAAUGUAUGGAAAGAUUUGUCAGAUGUGUCUGAAAUAGUUUUCAGGAGAAUCUGUUUGUCUCUCACAGCACAGCUCUAAUAUUUUUAUUCAUCUACAAACUAUAUGUAACUUAUUUUUAGUUGAAAAUCAGAGGUGCCCUGUUACUUUAUCCUUCUAAUUUAGACCAAAGUUUAUGCAUAUUGUAAAGGACUCAAGUCAAUAUGUUCAAACGUCUUGCCCUAAGUUUAAAAGCCAUAAUAAUAUGUGACAGACAAUCAACAGUGUCAUAUCUACAGCAAAGUGGACUGGAACUAUUUGAAAAAAAGACCUUAAACAAUAUAGAGAGGUCAAAGACUGUCCUCUCGUCUGGACCUUCAUGUAACUCAAACCCUCUUUGAAGAGCUUAUGACUGAUUAUGUCCAGGACUGAAUAAUAUGCUUAUGUCUCUAUGUCUCUAUAUGACCUACAUAAAGCCAACAGGCUGUCUAUAAAGUUAUUUUUGAUGCCUGUCAGUGCUGGUCGGUUCUGUCAAAGCAAACCGGAAGUGCCUUUGUUUACAUUUUCAACCAAAGAGAUGAACAGUGAGUGAUAUGUUUGACUGUUAAAAAAAAGCAGGAUGAGUUUUUUUGUCAGAAAACAUACUAACACAUGUACAGGACAUGAUGAACAAAGAGAUCAGAGGUACUGUUUCAUCCUCAGGGGUCUGACUUUUUUUUUUAACACACACCCUAAAGUUCCUCACAGUAAUUUUAACGUUAGCGAUACGAUUCAGGAUAGCGUCCAGUGCUUGCUUUCUUAUUUUUGUUUUUUAAUCAGGACCAGGAAGACCUGAAGAGUCCUUUUAAUUUUAUUGUGACAAAAAGACUUUGAAAGAGAGGCGCGGGAGAAAAAAAUUCCCGGGCUCCCAGCGUGGGCGCAUGUGGAUCCAGAGGGAGGCGUCCUCAAACCACUACAGCAUUUUGGAAGAACUGUGAAUAAGCUUUCUAUACCUUCGUCUUCCUCCCUCCUUACAGCUCAGGACUGAAGAUGAGCGGCGCGGGGGUCAAAGUGACGCGAUGUACUGACAUGUGUUUGUGCUUUGCAGCAAAGCUCUGUAAUCUUUAUGGCCUGUCUCUGUUCUGUAUCACAGGUACAUGAUGCAGGUAGAGGAGGCAGGUUUUGUAAUUGUGUUGUAAAUUGAUGAUGUAAGCAAAAUAAAUGAAUGUCUCUUGA